AUGUCCAUGGAUGGAUUUGCUGGUACAGCAGUGUUUUGUGCAGAAGAGUAUGCACAAAAUUGGAUUAUUGACAACCCAAUUCAAUAUCAGGCCAGAUAUGACUGUGAGAGCUUAUUGAAAUGUUUUUAUAUCAUGAUUAAGCCAAAAUUAAGAUUGAAGUUUAAGAAGCAACUAAAUCCAAAUCAAAAAUUACAAUCAGUCAUUACUGCUUGGAAAGAAACUGCUGACCUUGACCCAAAAUUUAAGUCAUACCUGUUCCAGAUUGCACAAGGUACAGCAAAUCCAUAUCAAGUAUUGAAGGAUUUUGUAAACUUUUAUUUGGAAAAUGGUGAUGCUGAAAUUGGUGAUGCUGAUAAUAGUGAUGAUGAAAUGGUGGAUUAA